AGUCUGUAGCCACCUUAAGGUAGGCUAUAUCUAUAGAAUAUAAAUGAUCAAAGGUGGCUAUCAUUGUUAAACACGGCGUGGCACCACUUACCAUGGCCACCUGACCUUAUCCGACAUAGAAAAACUAACUUUGAACCCUGUGCCAUUCAACAUAAUAAAUCACCUGAGAAACUGCUACAAUUCCGACAAUGGAGGAAAAACGAAUCAAGACCGACCAGCGCCAUCUGUCGCGCGACCAAUAGAAUUAGUCACCUAAUUAUCUAUUAUUUGUAAAUAAUUCGUUUCCCAUUUUAUGUAACAUGGGAAAGUAUCGCUGACCCAGCAUUUAUUUACUUAUGUAAUUUAAGUUUCACAAUGUAAUUAUUGUAACCAGUUUUCUACAUGCUAAGUAUGGUGAAAAAUGUCGUCGAAGAGGUGCUGCUUAAUUUGUGUACUGCUCGUCCUCGCAGUUCUCGUGAUUGCCUUUCUUUCCGUUUUCGUCGGAUUUCCGAUAACGUUUAUGCUAUCGAUCGAGAUACAGCGACUGUUUCUCUUCGAGCCGGUUACAGGUAAUAGACACGAGUUCAACUUGAGCGGCGUCGUACCGGGCGGGCGUAACUUCUACGUUACGGUCAACGAGGAUAUCACGCUGGGUGUGUGGCAUUUACUGCCGCAAGCACUACUAAAUGUUACGCAGGAUGAUGGCGAAGAGGCGCUGGCCAAGGGCGAUUAUCCGGUGUUGUUUCACUGCCACGGGAACGGAGGGAAUCGCUUGUAUCACCUGGAUGUUUAUUUACGACUGACAAAGUUCUUCCACGUCGUCGGUUUUGAUUAUCGAAGUUACGGGGACUCCACCGACGCCCCCUUAACCGAGGAGGGUCUGGUGCAGGACACCGUCGAGCUAUACAAAUGGCUACGUAAUCGAACCACGGCCGAUAUAUACGUCUGGGGCCAUUCGAUGGGAACGGCCGUCUCCACCCUAACCGUCUCAAGACUGCGCAAUCUCAACAUUGUACCCGCCGGUUUAAUUUUGGAAUCUCCGUACACGACUCUUCGGGAGGAAGCCGUCCUCUUUCCUCCCGCGAAGGCGAUGCUGUGGUUACCGUGGUUUAACAGCACGAUACUCGACCCGAUUUGGAACAAUGGUUUUCGAUUCGAAAUAAGCGCGCACAUUUCCAACGUCGACUGUCCCGUGAUGAUUUUACACGCGAAAGACGACGAGAUCAUCCCUUACCAAUUGGCGGUGAAGCUGUACGAUAUCGCAAUUGCGAAGCGUAAUUUAACAACUCAGGGUGUGGUGCGUCUGCACUUAUUCGAGGCGGAUUUGCACCUACAGCAUUGGGCGAUUUAUAAAGCUCCCAUGCUACCGGAAUAUAUAAGAGAACACAUGGAGGAUGCACAAAACUAUAAGCGACUGAACGUUACCUAAAGACUGACCUUUUUAUUGCCCAGUAUUUUCUGAUUGUGAAUGUAAAUAAAGUUUUGUACCACAA